GGCGGGGACGGCGGCUGCGGCUGCACCGCCCUGGGGCCCGCGGCUUCCUUGUUCUGCCGGGGUCUCGCUGCGGUUCAGGCUGGCGUUGAGCUCGGUGUGCAGCCCAGGCUGGCCUCGGGUUGGAGGCCAUCCUGCCUCAGCCUCUUGCUUCAGUGAUAGCAUUAAAAGCGUGUGUCGCCAUGCCGGGCUGAGACCCAUGUUUUUUCCUUCCUGUUGUGAAGGCUUUCAUUUAUUUCGAGUGAAAUGAGACACAUGAAGCGAGAAAAAGCUACAAAUGAAUACAAUACCACAGAAGACUGGAGUCUUAUUAUGGACAUAUGCGACAAAGUUGGAAGCACUCCGAAUGGAGCAAAGGAUUGCCUAAAAGCCAUAAUGAAAAGGGUAAAUCAUAAGGUCCCUCAUGUUGCUCUGCAGGCGUUAACUCUUCUUGGGGCUUGCGUGGCAAACUGUGGAAAGAUAUUUCAUUUAGAAGUAUGUUCCCGUGAUUUUGCAACAGAAGUACGUGCUGUGAUAAAAAAUAAGGCUCAUCCUAAAGUAUGUGAAAAACUGAAAUCUUUAAUGGUAGAAUGGUCAGAAGAAUUUCAAAAGGACCCUCAGUUUAGUCUGAUAGCUGCAACUAUUAAGUCAAUGAAAGAAGAAGGAAUUACUUUCCCUUCAGCAAGUUCUCAGACUGUCUCUGCCGCCGCCAAGAAUGGAGCAUCAGCGAGCAGAAGCAGAGAAGACGAAGACAUAGCUAAGGCUAUUGAAUUAUCACUGCAAGAGCAGAAACAGCAGUGCGCGGAGACCAAGUCUUUAUAUCCAUCUGCAGAAAUUCAGUUAAACAAUAGAGCUGCACGAAAAGUGAGAGCUUUGUAUGAUUUUGAAGCUGUUGAGGACAAUGAACUCACCUUUAAGCAUGGUGAAAUUAUCAUUGUUUUGGAUGACAGUGACGCCAACUGGUGGAGAGGAGAGAGUCACAGAGGGGUAGGGCUCUUCCCGUCCAACUUCGUAACAACUGAUUUAAACGUGGAGUCCGAAGCAGCAGCUGUGGACAAAUUGAAUGUAACUGAUGAGGAUGUGGAGGAAAUUAAGAAAUCAGAACCUGAGCCUGUUUAUAUAGAUGAGGAUAAAAUGGAUAGAGCCCUGCUGGUGCUCCAGAGUAUAGAUCCAGCAGAUUCAAAACCAGAUUCCCAAGAACUCUUGGACUUGGAAGAUAUCUGCCAACAGAUGGGUCCAAUGAUAGAUGAAAAACUUGAGGAGAUUGAUAGGAAGCAUUCAGAAUUAUCCGAAUUGAAUGUAAAGGUCCUGGAAGCCCUGGAACUGUAUAACAAAUUGGUGAAUGAGACCCCGGCAUAUUCAGUCUAUUCAAAGCUCCACCCUUCAGCACAUUACCCAUCUACAUCAGCUGGGGUUCCACUGCAGACAUACCCAGUUCAGUCGCAUGGUGGAAACUACAUGGGUCAGAGCCUUCACCAAGUUCCUGCUGCCCAGAGCUAUAGCGUAGCACCCGGUCAUGUUAGUCCUCUGCGGUCUCUGCCCCCAAGUGUGAAUUCCUCACUGACAGCACAGCCUGCUCAGGCUCCAUAUUUAAGCACUGCACAAGACGCUGUUUCCAAUCCUUACAUGACCCAGAACUCUAGCCUUCCGCCAGCUCCUGGUACGGCCGCUUACACACAGCAGAUGGGGAUGUCUGUGGAUCUGUCAACUUACCAGAACUCCACGUGCAGUGCGCCACAGCUGGCGGGCUUCCCGGUGGCAGUGCCAGCUCACUCGGUCGCACAGCAGCAAGCAAAUUACCAUCAGCAGCCGCUCCUUUAGAGACAGGUCGUUUCCUUGAGAGCCUUCCUAAGUGUAUCUGGAAAUACUAAAACUUUUUUCCUUUCAACUCAGAAGGACCAUGAGUAAAUAAAGCACAACACCUAUCUUACUCUAAA